GGCGGCCGAUGAGCUGUCCUGUAUGUAGGGCUCUGGGUCCCCAUUCAGCGAAAACUGGUUGUCCGGAGAAAGGAAAAUAUGUCAACGGGUUCCGUUAGUGACAUCGACGAUCUUCACGAAGCAGAGCUGCUGGAUUGUGACGUCUUGAAGUUGGAAUGCGGCAAAGAUACCGGGACUUCCAACGAAAGCACAGAAGAGAGUUCCAAUUGUGAGGGUGGCACGCAGAAAAAGAACAGAGGAACGUCGGGAAAGAAGCGUAAAAACAGCCCGAGGAAAGGCACGCUGGGCGCAGUGGCACACGAAGGCAAGCAGGUCCAAAGAAAUGCCGCGAAUGCAAGGGAAAGGGCGAGGAUGCGAGUUUUGAGUAAAGCGUUUUCCAGACUUAAGACCACUUUGCCCUGGGUGCCCCCGGACACUAAACUUUCCAAACUGGACACACUGAGACUGGCAUCGAGCUAUAUAGCUCAUUUGCGACAAAUACUUGCCAAUGACAAGUAUGACAAUGGCUACAUUCACCCAGUCAAUCUGACGUGGCCCUUUAUGGUGGCUGGAAAACCUGAAACCGAGCUGAAAGAAGUUAUGACAACAGCCCGUUUAUGUGGAACCACGGCAUCCUGAUGAAGAUCACAAACUUAAGAACUUUGAAUUAGGAAGACACUGCAUUGCGACGAAAUGCUCCAAACUCUUACAAAAGGACCAGCCGAUCUUUUGUAAGACAUACAUCUUAUUUAAUUUUUUUCCUAGUUUCUGUUUUGUAAGCCUUGCUGGUUCAAGUGCUGUUUGAAUAUAUGGAUAUCAUGAUAAAGCCUUUAUAAUUUUUUCCAAGUUCCAUGGUACAUAUAUAUAGAUGGCUUUGAGAGUCAUUCUUUUUUUCGCAAAUAAAUAUGCUUUAAAUAUA